CAGUGGUUGAUUUUUAGGAGAAUUAAUUGAUGUUUGCAGACGUUCAUAAUCAUUUCCUAUAUGAAGGUAACACAAGAUGGGCAAAGUUCGCAAUGAUUCAGGAUCAGACGAUGAUAUUGCAACCGAGAAAACUUUUACAAAAGGUCCUUGGACACAAGCAGAAGACAACCUUUUGAUAGCUUGUGUUGAUAAACAUGGUGAUGGCAACUGGAACGCUGUUCAAAAACACUCUGGCCUUUCUCGCUGUGGUAAAAGUUGUCGCCUUCGUUGGGUUAAUCAUUUGAGACCGGAUUUGAAAAAAGGCGCUUUUACUGAGAAAGAAGAGCAGCGUGUUAUCGAACUUCAUGCUUUAUUGGGAAACAAAUGGGCAAGAAUGGCUGGUGAACUGCCUGGGAGAACAGACAAUGAGAUAAAGAACUUUUGGAAUACAAGACUCAAGAGACUGCAACGACUUGGUUUACCUGUUUACCCUGAUGAUGUUCGAGAGCAAGCAAUGAAUGCUGCAACACAGUCUGGUUUCAACAAUGGUCAUUCAUUGGAUGGUCAUCAUAGUCAAGCCUCUCUGGAGUCAGACAGUGUUGAGAUACCUGAACUGGAUUUUCAGCAUUUACCACUCAACCAAUGCUCUUCCUACUACAAGUCAAUGCUUCGCAGUGUUCCAACCAGUGGAGUGUUCGUGAGACAAAACCCGUGUUUCUUUCAGCCUAAUGUGUAUAACUUGAUGUCAUCAUCUCCUUCUUACAUGUCUACCGGCAAACGUUCUAGAGAACCCGAAACCGCGUUUCCUUGCACCGGUGGAUCAUAUGCGAUGAACGAGCAAAGCCCUCCGCUCUGGAACUAUCCUUUUGUCGAUAACAUUUCUGAACAGUUACCGGGUAGCCAUUUGCUUGAUGACAAUGCUACAUAUUAUACUCCUCCUCCUGAGCCUCUUAUUCACGAGCUCCCUUCAUUCCAAUAUUUUAAUCCUCAUGAAGAGCCUGGAGGAGCACAGCAAUCUAACUCAAUGCAGGUGCAUGAGUCAGACAACACUUUGGUCCAGUCCCCUCUGUCACCAUCAUCACUAUAUGAUGGAUUGUUGGAAUCUAUUGUAUAUGGAUCAGCAAGGAAAAAACAGGUAACCGAUACUGAUUUAGAAUCCACACUGUUGCUUCAGUCCUCUUCUCUACUUGGCCAUACCGAUGAACCUACAACAGGUAAUACUCUUUUUUCUUUUUGUCUUUAAACUCUUUACGCAUUACAUGUACUUCAUUGUUUGUUUAUUCAGUUCAGGAAGUCUCCUCUUCUCCAUUUGCAUGAAAAACCUUCAACUGUGAAACAGAUAAUUUAGGUUGUUAUGGUUCAACUUCUUCAAAUGAAAGACGCAUAUCCUUUGAUGGUGAUUGGAUCAGAUUACUUCUCGGUGAGGAUACAUGCCCCCCUUAAGUAGAAGAGGCGUCUACCACAAAAUAAUUAGCGACGAUUAGAUUUUAUAUCUAAGUAAAGCACCCUUGUUAUGCGUUA